CAGAGAAAGCACUGGGAGUUAAAGAGGUCGAAGUGAGGAACCGAAAGUUGUAAAUUGAGUGGUGUUUUGUGUUAUUUUUCCUGGUUGCAUACGAAGAAUUACAACGAACGCAAUAUUAUUAAUACCGCCAACGUAACUUUUAUUAUGAACUUGUGACUUUAAGCCUGCUAAUUUCACCUUAGUGUCGAAGCCAGUCAGAGUUAAACAUGGCUCAGGUGGGCUUUAGCAGGUUCUCCAGCUUCUGUCGUUUAUCCUGGCGGAUGUUUUGCACUCGGACGACUCCUCCACUAACCAUUCGUCAGCAAGAGGAUGGGAUAAGGAGAAUCAUUUUGAAUGACCCCAAGAAGAGGAAUGCCUUGUCUCUCGCCAUGUUAACCUCUCUGCAAGAGAACAUCCUGACUGGUAUUGAUGACAAGGACCUGAGAGUUAUCAUCAUAUCAGCACAGGGUCUAGUGUUCUCCUCAGGUCAUGACCUUAAGGAGCUGACCUCAGCGCAGGGCAGAGAUUAUCACACCAGAGUGUUCAGUGUUUGCUCAGAGGUCAUGAGCCUGAUUCAGGACCUCCCAGUUCCCGUGAUCGCGAUGGUGAACGGCAUCGCCACAGCAGCAGGAUGUCAGUUAGUUGCUAGUUGUGACAUCGCCGUAGCAACGGACAAAUCAAGCUUUGCAACUCCUGGUGUGAACGUCGGCCUGUUCUGCUCUACUCCAGGAGUGGCCAUUGGAAGAGCUGUUCCUAGAAAGAUUGCAAUGGAGAUGCUGUUCACAGGCCGCCCUAUCACAGCGCAGGAGGCUUUGCUACAUGGAUUGGUGAGUAAGGUGGUACCUGAGGAGUGUUUGGAGGAAGAAACUCUGGCCAUUGCACGCCGAAUCUGUGAGUCUAGCCGCCCAGUGGUGGCUCUUGGAAAAGCAGCCUUUCAGAGGCAGAUGGCACAGGGUCGAGAUGCUGCAUAUGCCACUGCUGCAGCGGUCAUGGUGGACAAUCUGGCGCUACGUGAUGGGCAAGAGGGAAUCCGGGCUUUUCUAGAGAAACGCCGACCUCUGUGGACAAACAGCACUGAGAAAGCACAUGAUUGAGUCCAGUAAUAAAGCACACAGAUGGCUCUAAAACAAGCACUUGGUUGGGAUUAGUAUGCAUUCAAGACAAAGAUUGAAAAGUGUUUAUUUCUGUAUUGUAUGAUGGCAGAUUGAAGAUAACAGUGGAUCUUAAAAAAAAUAAAAAUAAAUAAAAACUUCUCACCAACAAAAUGUCAUGUGUCAUAAAGCAAUCAUAAAAGGAUUUUUAGUAAUAAUUAUUUGCUGAUAGCUAAUUGCAAGAUAUCCUCACCUACUAGCGAAAGCGAAUGGUAUUCGCAGAUAUAUAUUUUAAUAAUCCUUAUAUUUAUGGCAAUGAGGAAAUAUGCCAUGGAACAAUUCAUUAUUAUUUAAAACUGAUGCCAUCAAGUUUCAACAGGCACCAGUUUAUUCUAGCAAAGAGCUGAUUGGCUCUGUUAGGAGUUAUACAGUAUACACUUUAUUUGCUUUUUAUGAAGGAUGCCAAUAAAUCUGGAGUCGAGUGUAUUAGCUUUGUAGCAUGAGAGGCGAAGGUGAACUGUUGGUCACCUAAUAUUUCUGUUCGGUUAAAUUUGGGGGAGACAUCAUACUCAAACAAGUCAAGGUUUAAAUACAUUUGUCAUCAUUUUAUUUUCUCACUGCUUGUUGCUUUAUUCCCCUUGUUUCUUCAGUGUGCUUUAUGCAUCCUAAACGAAAAAAAAUAACUGACAAGGCAUUUUUGGUCUUCUUUAUUUCAGCCAAUAAUAUUGACAUACCUUUUUUUUUAUUUUGUUUUUAAAUCCCAUAAAUAAGAGAAGUUGUGUCUGACAGACUGGGGUUGCAUUAACAGAUGAGUUCUUUGUGUUGGCUUAUAAUGAUAAAAUGAUUUAUUUGUUAACAUAAAUAGUCCAAAUGUUUUUUAAUACAUGUGGUUUUAUACUGAAAUGCAGGAUAAGUAGAUGAUAAAACAUGUAAUAGUCUCUGGAGCAAUUAUUUUAAU